CCGACCAUUAGAACACUGUGACCACACCACGCACACCAUUAAUCAUGCUCAAUCUGACAUCUUCCCUGUUCUCCCGCGGUCACCGCCGGAUCUGCGGUUCGAUCAUCGGCCUCAGGCAGCCGAGUCGAUUCCUUGCAACGACAGCAGGAUCGCCGCUACAAGAAUACUUCGUGGUCGUCUUCAACAAGAAGAAUACUGGACUGGCGGACCCGUCCCCGUGUUCUCAACCCAUCAAAUUCAAGAACCAGGAUAUUGUCCUCACGUUCGCGGGAGAUAUGUUGUCUUCUCCCACGCCGGUCUUGGAGUCGGCCCCUGCGGGGACCCUGGGAGCCUGCUUUGCGUGCCAGGCACCGAGUGAGGAGAGUGUGUUGAAGGCAAUCCAGGCACAUGAAAAUGCUGUCAAGGGGCUGUGGGACGUUGAGUCGGUGGAGAUCUCUGCGCUGGAGACGAUCCAUACGGGGGACUUUGAUAGGCUUAGUUGAGAGUUGAGGUUUGCGAUUCUAUUGUAGCGUGAUCUUUUUUUCUUUUUCUUUUUUGUGGUUUCUAAUCGUUCGGUGCGCAUAUGUGUGGUUGGCCCAAAUAUGCGAUGAUGAGGCGAGGCUUUUUGAUUAUAGUAUUUGUUUGUUGUAUGUUCGGUGUGAUAGCUAGGCUCCUACAGUCUUGGAGUCUCUGGUCAAGUCGGGGUCUUUCGUUUUGUUUAUAUAUGCAGUUAUAUGUUCGAACUCAACCGUACCAUCUCAUUAACUAGCCCCGAAGGUUUACCUCUUGGAAACAUCUGAUGAUUUGAGAUGGGAAGACGAGAGACAGGGAGGAAAUAUAU